UCCCAGCAAAAAAUAUUUGGAUUGUAAAGCGCAAUUCUCUCCGGCGACUCCGAUAGGCCUCCAUUUCCAGUAUCCGUCCACCUUCAACUCAAACUCCGGUACCGGCUCCGGUUCCGGCUCGAUGGAUUUGGAAUUCUACAUGUUUGGACCUUACAAGAUCCACAAGGAUGAAGUCUUCUAUCUAUCCGAUCUUUCUUACGCCAUGGUCAAUCUUCGCCCUGUUGUUCCUGGUAAUGUUCUCGUCUGUCCAAGGCGUGAUGUAAAGCGCUAUUCCGAUCUCACUAAUGACGAGAUAAUUGAUCUAUGGCUUAUUGCAAAGAAGAUUGGAAUGAUGCUUGAGGACUACCACAAAGCAACAUCCUUGACCUUCACAAUCCAAGAUGGUCCACAGGCAGGACAGACGGUUCCUCAUGUUCACAUUCACAUCCUUCCCAGGAAAACUGACGACUUUGGGAGAAACGAUGAUGUAUAUGAUGCUAUUGAUGAUGAGGAGAAGGAAUUGAAGCAGAAGCUUGACUUGGAUCAGGAAAGGAAAGACAGGACUCUAGAGGAGAUGACUCGAGAAGCAGGUGAAUAUAGGACACGUCUCUCCCACUAGAUAGAUUUAGACCAUUCAUGUGGUUGGAUCACUUGCCUUGAAUAUGGAGAAUACAUUUUUCCUUAGAUGUGACUAAAAGACUUGUUUCAAUUGAAUAUUUGGUGCAAGUUUAGUGGGUGAUAACCAAGCCCUUGUUUGAUUUAGGGUUAUUUGAAUAAUCAAGUGGUUGUUUUGUUUCCUAACUUUGUUUGAUGAAGAUUAUUAAGGGUAUCAAUCUUUUUAUAUAUAAAAAUGUAUUUGAAUUCAAUCUGAAGCAACCCAUAUAAAAAUAAGGUCAAAACAAGGUCUAUAAAGACUUUUACUUUUGUUUAUAGAUCAAGAAAUGUUUAAAAACUAAACACAGUGACACACAUACAUACUAUUGAUAAGUUUAUGUAUUGAAGCAAAAGUUAAGAAAACAUGUUUCUUGAAGAAGUCCUUUCCAGCUAGCAAAAUAAGUUGUGUAUAAGUAAUGAUUAGAAAACAUUACAAUCCCUGCCCAUUUAGAUUAGGUCAAUUUAUGGGGGACUGAAUGCUAAUCUCAAAAUGGGUUACAAUUAUUGUAUGUUAAAAUAAGAAGA